AUGGUCACUAUUGAGGUUUUUACUGGGUCAAACUUUAAGAAGUGGAAAGAGGACAUUAUGUUUGCUAUGGAAGUGGCAGAUGUGUACACGUCCCUUGUUAUGGAUAAACCAAUGGAUCUGACUGCUGAUAGUACUGAGGAUGAAAAGGGAAUCCGUCAGGGGGAUCCUAUCUCGCCUGCUAUCUUUAUCCUGUGCUCUCAGGCUUUGUCUGCUGUCAUUAAGAAAGCGGAGGGAGAAGGUAAUAUCAAAGGGGUGAGAGUUCGACAUAGAAGUGAACCCAUUACUCAUCUUCUGUUCGCUGAUGAUUGUCUGCUAUUUUCAAGAGUUAAUUUGCAGGAAGUUAACUCGUUGAAGGAUUGUUUGGAUUUAUAUUGUAAUGCUACGGGGCAAGCUAUAAAUCUUAAAAAAUCUAGUCUCUAUUUGGGGUUACCUACUCAUUUUGGUGUAGCUAAGAAUGAUGUUUUUAAUGACAUUAAGGAGAGAACUCUUAGUAAGCUCCAAGGGUGGAAAGGUAAGUUGUUAUCUCAUGCAGGGAAAGAGGUGUUGAUCAAAUCUGCUGUUGCUCCUAUGGCUAAUUAUGCUAGUUCCCACUUCAAGCUCCCUGCUUCCUUUCAUGAUUCAAUUAGAAAAGCUUCUACAAAUUUCUAUUGGGGUGAUUCGGAAGAGAAGAAGAGAGUUCAUUGGAUGUCUUUGCAGCGUUUGUGCAAACCUAAAUCUAGAGGGGGUUUGGGUUUCAAAGACUCAAAAUUUCAAAAUUGUGCUCUCCUAGCGAAGGUUGCUUGGCGUUUAUGUGCUUCUGAUGUGACUGCUAUUCUUAAAAUUCCUCUAAGUCUUAAUCCUGCAAAAGAUAAGCGAUAUUGGAGUGCUUCUAGAGAUGGCCGUUUCUCGGUCAAGUCAGCUUAUAAGCUUCUUAUUAAGAAGGAGGAGGAAGAGGCCUCGGCUAGAGCAUCUAGUUCCAGAUAUCGGCUUUGGGAGCACACUCCUGAGGAGAAACGGAAGUUAUUGGCUCUAUGCCUGGUUCGAGAUUCAGUGGUUCUCAAUGGUCCCCCCCCUCCAGUGGGUGUUGUGAAGGUGGACUGUGAUGCGGCUUUCAUUAAGGAUACUGCUAAGGGAGGUUUAGGAGUGAUCUUUAGAGACCACACAGGUGUUGUCUUAAGGGCGCGCUCCAUCCCCAUUAUGCUCAGUUCGGUGAUUCAUGGAGAGAUCAUGGCUAUUCGUAGUGCUCUGUUGCUGGCUCUAGAUCUGGGCUACAACAACUUGGUGGUAGUUUCGAAUAGUAGGGAUGCCAUCCUAUUUAUCGAAGGCAGUAAAUCUCCUAGUUGGGAGAUGGAGGGUUUAGUAGAUGAUGUUGUUAACUUGAAAUCCUCUUUCUCAUAUAUUUCUUUCUCUUUUGUUCCUAGGGCUAUGAAUAUUGUUUCGGAUGCCCUAGCCAGGAAGGCCCUGUCACUUGGGUGCGUGACAGAUUGGCCAAAUUCUAUUCGGUGGCUUCAGGACCUCUGUGGGAAUGAAGUCACUGGUUGUACUCUCCUUUUUCAUCAAUAA